CUCCGCCACCCCGCACCGCGAGGCCGACCUGAAUCACUGAUGACCUGAUCAGAGCAGGUUAGGAGGGGAAAGAUAAAAUUAUAGGGGCCCUAGAUACUCCUGACUGCAGAUAGGUGCCUAGCCUCGAUGGCGAUGCCUGGAUCCUGCCCCUCGACGGCGGCCCCGUCAGCCGGCCAUCCUCCCAUCUGCCUCGCUGAUGCUUCAGGUGAUUUGCUGCAUUCCUCUCCCACCCUCACCCCACACACUCCCGCCAACUCCAGUCCCUCUCACACAGCUCUCCCACUUUUGGCUUUGGCAGGGGGAGCGGGAUCCCAAGACAUGCUGCGGCCACGUCUGGUGCUCUUCGGCGACUCCAUCACCGAGCAGUCCUUCCGCCCUGGCGGGUGGGGAGCGGCCCUCGCCGACACCUACUCCCGCAAGGCCGAUGUUGUUGUCAGAGGCUAUGGUGGGUACAACUCAAGAUGGGCCCUGUUCUUGAUCCAGCGCAUCUUUCCCCUGGUUGGCUUGCCACCUGUUGCGACGACUAUAUUCUUUGGUGCUAACGAUGCAGCGCUUCCAGGACGAACAAGUCAGCGGCAACAUGUUCUGGUUGAGGAGUAUAAACAGAAUCUCAAAACGAUUGUUAAUCAUCUGAAGGAUUGUUCCAAGUCCAUGGUAAUUUUGCUUAUCACUCCACCUCCUAUUGAUGAAGAUGGAAGAGAAAGAUAUGCACGAUCACAGUAUGGAGAAGAUGCGAGGAGGCUCCCUGAAAGGACAAAUGAAAUGGCUGGCGUCUAUGCAGGUCAAUGCAUGGAACUUGCCAAAGAAAUGGAUGUACAGUGUGUUGAUCUUUGGUCAAAGAUGCAAGCCACUGAAGGUUGGCAGAAACUUUACUUAAGUGAUGGACUGCAUCUGACGCCGGAAGGAAACGCUCUGGUCCACAAGGAGGUCGUCCAGACCUUGAGAGGCGCUGGUCUGAAAGCUGAAGAUAUGCCGCAUGACUUCCCCCAUCAUUCCAAAAUCGAUGGGGCUCACCCGGAAAGGGCCUUCCAGUGAAGUGGUUUCAGGCAGAACCGCUUGCUGGAUGUUUUACUUGCCCUUGUGUUUUAAUUUUUUUUUCUUUUGGUGUGAAACUUCCGAACUGUGAAAUUUCACGUCCAUUUUUCACCCCGUUGAAAUCGUUGGGUGUGCUCCAUUUUCCAUAAAAAAAAUUAUAAGUAGAUGGCAUGAUUUUUAGCUGGAUUGCUGCUCAGAUCAUCACUACUACAGUACAAUUUACAAUACAAGGAACGCAGUGGCUAAUGCUUCAUAGUGCGGCAACAUAGAGUACCUGCACUGGAAAUUGCAUUUGUUUGGUGCAUCUCUUUUGAAAUAGUUUUGGUGCAUUUCUUUUCUUGUGAAGAACAGAAGAGAACCUGAAGCGUAUUUGCUUUA